ACGAAGAUUGCAAUGCGAGGCGUGCGCCCGCGCAUAACUGCGAAAACACCCAGUGCGGCCAAAUGUAUCGUAAAUGCUGCAUUUUUAUGUAAGCUGAACGUGGCUUGCUACGUACCCCCGCCCGGCGACAACGCUAUUGGAAGUGGCGAGAUGGAACGCAUGUCAAUCUGGAGGUUGGCUCAGGUCCUUGUUUUCUUCCUAUAUUUGCAAACGAGCCAGUCUUCCGAGAUGUUCGACAGCGUCAUCUACGCCCGCCGGCGUGAACUGCUGAACAUGAAGGUUUCGCAGUGGAAACCAUUCCUGCAACGCCUGGACCACAGCCUUCGGAGCAACCUGGAUGUGAACGCCACUUGCCUAAGAGACAUGCGGUCGUUCGUCGAUGCCGUCAUGCAGCGCAGCGCCGCGGUCUUGAACGACUUAGAGCUGCGUAUACACUGA